UUAUAAUGUUUUAGCUGUAAAAUUAGCGGAUACUUGUUUGAACCGGCCGCGUGGUUCCUAGUUUCUGCCGGAAUCGCUCUCGUCGGGUCCUUCUGGUUCCGUGUCUGGGAGGAGCACGGCGGUGUGAUUUCCAGGGAGUUAACUUUGCCAAAAUGCAGGACCCAAACGAAGACACAGAGUGGAAUGACAUCCUCAGGAAAAAAGGGAUUCUUCCUCCCAAAGAGAUUCCCAAAGAGGAGGAAGAGGAGGACGUGACCCUCCAGCAGCAGUCUGUUGAUACUAAUUCUGUUGUUCUUCUGAAAUACAUUUUUAAAGUUAAGACCUACGAGAGCAUGACUCUGGAGGAGCUGGAGGAGAACGAAGACGAGUUCAGCGAGGACGACGAGGCGGCCAUCGAGAUGUACAGACAGAAACGUUUGGCCGAGUGGAAGGCGACCCAGAUGAAGAACGUGUUCGGGGAGAUGACGGAAAUCUCCGGGCAGGACUACAUCCAGGAGGUCAACAAGGCCGGGGAAGGCAUCUGGGUGGUGCUGCACCUCUACAAGCCCGGCAUCCCUCUGUGCACCCUCAUCAACCAGCACCUCGGCUCGCUGGCCAGGAAGUUCCCCCAGACCAAGUUCCUCAAGUCCAUCUCCACCACCUGCAUCGCCAACUACCCCGACCGCAACCUGCCCACCAUCUUCGUGUACUUCGAGGGGGAGAUGAAGGCCCAGUUCAUCGGCCCGCUGGUGUUCGGGGGCAUGAACCUCAAAGUUGAAGAGCUGGAGUGGCGGCUGUCGGAGAGCGGGGCGGUGAAGACCGACCUGGAGGAAAACCCCCGGAAGCAGAUCGAGGACAAGCUGAUGUCGUCCAUCAGGGGCUCGCUGCCGGCGCGGGGGGGGGGCGGCUCCGAGGACGAGGACGACUAACCGGGACCGGGACCAGAGACCCCCCAUCAACCCGCUCCCACCUUUUAAAAACCGUCUGAGCUGGUGGGCGGAGCCAAAGGGCAGCUGGAGGCCUCAGGGAAGGGAAUAACACAUAUCACCCCCCCCCACAAACCCCCCCAAACCUCUAAUGGCCGCCUCACAGCAAAGCGGCCGGACAGCCAGACUCUCGUCCUUUUAUCGAUUAAAAACACCAAACCGUCUCCUUCCAAAACCAUCAAAGACAAACAUUUACUUUUUUUUUUAUUACGUCACAUGGUCAUUAUGUCACAGAAUGUACAGGUGCUGUAAAGUCUGCUUUGAUUAAAGGUGCCACGACAAAAAGCUCCCUUUUCGGAUUUUUUUCUGUUCGGGGAAGUCGGCUAAAGCAGUGUUUUUCAACCACUGUG